AUGAAGACCUCUUUUAUAAAUAUGAAUUAUUUGGUAUUAUUUUUGGUAGAAGUGGUCUUAGCUGCGUACUUAGAUCCAAGUAUGGUUCAUAAGUUGGUGAACCUUCAUUCCAGAGAGGAUCCAAUAGCUUUCAGAAACCCUACAUUGAAUAAUGGACCCCUGUUCAAGACUCUUGCCGAUCUUACAAGCUCCAAUUGGUUCAAUUCUCCAAUUCCUCAACAAGGUGUUCUUGCGUAUGUCGAAGAAACCAAUAGUUUCUAUCAACCAGCAUUAGCUGAACCUCAAAGAGUUAGAAGAAAUAUUUUGAUUGAAAUUCAAUUCGGUGAAAGUCAACGUCUCAUGCUAAGCAAUCCAAUAUCCAAUGUGUUUUCAAGUGAAAAUGGUGGGACAGCAUCGAUUUCCAAAUCAAAUAGUUUCUCCCAGCUGAUUGCUUCUUUAAGUGCUUUGAGAUUAGAGAUCAAUUGGUCUGCUAACCCUUCAAAUAUUAUUUCCAGCGUGUUGAACCAAAUCCAGAACUUGGGAAUGUUAGUUAGUGGAGUCAGUAUGGCUCUAGGUAAUGCUUUAGGUUCGGGAGUUUCAGCAGUACUUGAAGGUGCAGUCUCAGGUAUAAAUACUAUUGUUCAAACUGGAACUUCAUUAUUGAAUGGAGCUCAGUUCUUGAACACUAAUAUCGGUUACAAAGCGCAUGGUGAGGUUGAUGAUGCUACCUCCAACACCAGAUUAUUCAGUGGGUCAACGUCAUGUUCAGCACCAGUAAAUGGAUCAGUUCAAAUGUUCGCUGAUAUAUCAUUGUUAUCCAAUCCUAAUGUCCGAGCUCGAUACGUUAGUUUUGACGACACUACCAGUGAAAUCAUUCCAUUAGGUGAGUUCAGUCCCGUUACUUCGUCAGAUCAAUACCCAGAACUUGGGAUGAUAGUAUUUGAUAAUUCUCGUGGUAUCGCAUAUAGUUGUGUUACUGAUCCCAAAUUCUUUGUUGAAGACCCCAGACGUAUCUUAGCUAUAGAUAAUCCCAACAUCAAUAUUGUGGAUUAUAUAAACGAAAACAGAGACAUUAUCUCAUAG